AUGAUCAACGAUGAAGCAUUUGAUGACCAACAGCCGGCCGAUGAGGUAACCGCUGCCACGAUGCGGAGGCUUGCCUUCGAGAAAAUGGACGAUGAUUACUACCUGGGUGGAGCUGUCGGAGAUGAGGUGUUCGAUUCGGAUGAUGAAGUCAGCUCGGAUGAUGAGGUGAAGACACAGUUGCGCAAACUGGCUGGGAUCGAGAAGGAAGUGACGCAGGACGCAUUCGGGAGACGCAGAAGACGUUCGGAGUUCGAAGAUGAUAUGGAUGAUGAGCUCGAUAGAAGUAUCACGGAAUACGCCAAUGAACAUCUUGGCAUCAAACCAAAGGUAGUGGAAAUUGACGAUGGUCCGAAGCAGGCUGCAAUUGAGAUGAAAAACAAAAAGGAAGACGUUCUGAAUCCAGAAUACGAAGAGGAGUGCAGAAAAGCGGAUGAAAAAUGGCGUCAGGAAACGGAUGAUGUUGAGAGAAAAAUGGCAGCUCUGGAGCUCCUCCCAUAUGACGUGGAUCUUACUGAUAGUGAAGUUGACCCAGAAAUGCCGGCUGCAGUGCUCAAAAACAAAAGCGGGCAAGCAAUCAAACUGGUGUACAGUUGCAAGAACGGAGAGACUUUUGAUGUGGAGACUAGAAGGAAACAACAAAAAGAACGACGUCUUCGCAUCGCCGCGUCUCGUCUUCCGGAAAAGCAACGACGGGAAAACAUGAUUCAGACAGUUGUAGACACCUUCACUUCUAAUGAUGUGGAAAGCAAGGAUCGUCCGAUAAAGAAGAAGUACCAGGAAGAUGCAAAAGCUUCCCAACCACUGGCGUCGAUUCUGAAAAAAGGAAAGUCGCCGAAGAAAAUGAAAAUCGAAGAGGAAGAAGAAUUGAAAAUGGAAGUUGAUGAUGAUGCUAUCAAGGAGGAAAGUAAUCCAAUCAAACGAGCUGCAAUGGAACGGUUGAAAGAGAUUGAGAAGAAUGAUGAACUCUUGUAUGAUGAUCAGGAAGACGAUGAUAAUGAGAAAUGGGUCAGAGAGCACAGAAAGAUCACUAGAGGGCAAGAAGUGCCUGACGGUGAAGCAGAUGGUGUGCUUUCUUGUCCUGGUUGUAUGGUCGAACUUACCAGAGACUGUCAGCGUCAUGAAAUUUACAAGACUCAAUACAGAGCCAUGUUUGUCUCGAAUUGCCAGGUGGACGGUGAAAAGGUGGCUGUUGAGAAGACCGGAAAGGAGAAGAGACGAGACCGGCAGAAGGCCAAAAAAUCAGGAAAAGCAGAUGGGCCGGUGCUACCCGAGGAUAUGUACACUCAGGUGAAAUGUUCUUCCUGUGGUACGAUUGUGGCAAUGAUGGAUUCGGACGAGGUCUACCACUUUUUCAAUGUGCUCGCUGGUUAUUCUUGA